UUUCAAUUCGUGACAUGACUCAAAAUAUUUCUAAAAUUUCGUGUGAGAACAUAUAGAACUUUUGUACGCAAGCAAAUUUUGUAUCGCGUAAUUUGCAGCAUGUUCACACUAUUAUCAUUUAAGCACCAACUAUGUUCUCUGGGAAAUUCCUACGAUGUGAUUGCAGAUGCCUGCCGGGAUAAAACAAAGUUCUUCAGUUUUCUGGACUCCAGGGAGUGGAGAAGUAUGAGGCGCAGCUUUCGAAACUUCCUGAAUGCAGACACAUCCACUUAUCCCAUAUAUUAUUGGUUUGUCCUCAUAUUUAGUCUAUACGGAGCGAUACAUAGCCUUAUCCUAUUUACGAGGUCAUUCUUCACCAAAAAGGUUGACGGGAAUACCAAAAAUCUAAAAAUUGUCAGAAGAUUCAGCAUUGCUGCUGCCUUCAUACAAGCAAAUAUCUGGACGCUCUUGUUUUAUGCUGCGUUAUUUGUUUCCCCUCGUCACAUGGCUCCCUGGUUAUGGGUCCAUUUGGUGGUAUUUGCUUGGAAGCUGGUGGGGGCGACCAUAAGUGCCCACUUCGGCCGCAAGAGUGGUCUGCGAACUCGGACCACAAUAUAUGCAAUCGUAUAUGUGUUGGUUAUAUGGCUGGUUUACCAGGCUAUGAGGUCCUUCACCGCUGCCUUAGAACAGGAUGUUCCAGAAAACCUAAGGCUCUGUUUGCAAUUCAUAGACCCUUUAUUCAAAUAUGUAAAAGGCCAUUGCAACGUAAUAUAAAAUAAAUUUUUCUUUUA